CGUUCAGCAAAGUUGCUAUACAUCAAAAGAAGAAGAAAGCUUAAGCGACCGCUGCUGGUUGCUGGUAUACAAAACGCAUUCUCUGAAAUCUAUAUUAGGUGUUACUGGAAUUAGAAAGUCAUCCAUUGGAAGUUAUGGAUACUACUGAGACCGCUGAGGACGACCUACAGGAUGUACCAAAUGGCGAUCCGGCAUCGUACUGUCGGUUGUGUCUCUCGAGUAUUGACGUGGAGGCCCUGUUCCCCGAUGGACAAGGCGCCCGGCAGGAUGUGAUCGAUCGGAUUCACGAAUGCACCGGAAUUCAGAUAACAAUCGACGAAGAUUACGCGUCGGCUAUCUGUUGGAUGUGCUCACAAUCGCUGGAAGAAUUCCAGUGGUUCAGGGAACGGUGUCAUCGAUACGAUGUUUUGAUCCGUCGUAAACGGAAGCAACCGAAAAUUGUGGCAGGAUCUGCUAAAGCAAACGUAAGCGUCCCAUAUCAAGUAGAUGCAGAGGAUGACAACAGUUUCGACGAUGAUGUCGAUGACGAAGAAGAUCAGAAUGACAGUGACGGGCCUGGAUUACUUCGAAUUACAUCGGUUCAGGAAGCUGUUGAUGAUUCCAUGGAUGCACAGUCUAACGAAAGUGUACUGGCAGUUUCUUCAUAUCAGGCCGACGGAGAAGAUGUGAAACCAGACCCAGAUGCGUUGUCUGCAUAUGCAGAAAAAUUCAGACAUAGCAAUAAUAGCUCUGAGACACAGGAUUCUACGACGGAAGACGCUGCUGCACGCCGGUUUAAGUGUAAUCUGUGCAGCAGAAGUUUCAAGAAUCGUGCAAACCUUUGGGAACACAACCGGCUGCACACCGGGAAACUUCCAUUCAAAUGCAAUGAUUGCGAUACCACUUUCAGUCGGUUGAAAUCUCUGAUGGCCCACCAGGAGAAGUAUCACUCGAAAACCUCAACCGAGGAUCCACCGUUGCGGUUAAAGUGCAAAUUUUGUCCACGAGUAUUUCCACGGAAGGGUGAUCGCACACAGCACAUGAAGAUGGGCCAUCCGGAUUUGUACAAUCCUAGUGACAAAGUGGAAACACCAAGCCCGGUCACCACCAGGAGCCGAGAUACACCGGCAACAACAACACCAACGGUAGAAAAAAGUUCGCCUGUAGUUAGAAAGUCCGUAUCGACUAGUACACCUGCACCAAGUCCCGCCCCUGAAACGGUUGGUGCUGCGCGCUUUUGUUGUAGCAUGUGUACCAAGAAUUUCCAAUCGGUACAACAACUGGAAGAUCACAUCGGACUGAUGCAUCCAAAGGACGGCAUUCUCAAAUGUUCCCUCUGUCCGAAGACAUUCAAAUCGAAACAAACGUUGCGAAUGCACAUUCUCAACCAUCAGGGAAAAUUACCCUACAAAUGUGACGACUGUGGUUCUCGUUUCGAUCGUCGGUUCUAUCUGCAGAAACAUCGAGACAAAUAUCAUGACGGUGAGGAUUGUAAAGCGAUUCAAUGUCGCUACCGGUGUAAAUUCUGUCCGCGUAUUUUCCACCGUAAAAUUGAUCGUAAAACUCACAUUCGAAUGGUUCACUCGAAGGAAAUCAAAGUGAAGAAGGAAAAAAUAGAUCAAACACUUUCGGCAAUUCAGUGUCCGGUGGAAGACGAUGAUGAUGAUGAUGUUGAUGAACCAGUUGCCGAACCGGUCAAAUCGAAAGCGGCUGGUGUCAGAACGCCCCAAAGUGAGCCUAGUAGCUUCGCAUGCAGUCAGUGCAGCAGAAAAUUCCCAACGGCGGCUAUGCUUCAAGAGCACACGGAUGACCAGCAUAGGAAAAAAGUCCCACAGGCUCAAGAUGUUAAGCCAAUGGUCCCGAUCAGACCUGCCGUAGCUGCACGAAUGAUGAAAAUCAAACCCAUCCGAACAUCACUAAACGUUCGGCGACCGUACAAAUGCCCGUACUGUCCGAAGACUUUCACCCAGAAAUAUGUCAUGAAGGAACACACAUUCAUCCAUACCGGGUCGCUACGUUACCGGUGCGACGAGUGCAUGGCCAUGUUCAACCGGCCACACUAUUUGCGUGCGCACAAGCAAAAGUAUCACGGCCAGAACAGCAAAUUCAAAGCCAUCAAGUGCCGCUUCUGUACGCGCAGUUUCGUCCGAAAGCAAGAUAUUAAAAUUCACGAACGCAUCGCUCAUGGAGUUGUCAGUACCGGUCCCGUCGAACGGGAAAUCUUGAUGGCGGAACGUAACGGUGGGGAGGACAGCGGUAUUACCGGUACCGAGGAUAACCUGGACGAGGAUCCGGAUUUCGACGACGACGACGAUGAUGUUGAUGACGAUGAUUUAGGUGAAGAAAUUGACGUCGACGAUUUGGGCGAAGAAGUCGAUAUCUUAGAUGGGCUUGACGGCGGCGAGGAGGUUGGCGACGACGACGAAGAAGAAGGUGACGCAGAAUCCCCGGCAGAAGAAGAUCCCGAAAUCCGUGACGUUGUCGUAACGUUGGAACGGAUUCCGGAGGACGUGCUGCAAACACUGGACAAUUCGAAAGAAGGUGACGAGGCAUCCGGCGAUGCGGAAUCGGCCAGCAGUGCUUCGCAGACACCGCGUCUCAACGUGGGCAUUACGCUGCAUCGAUGUCCGAAAUGUUUGAAGGUGUUCAAGACACGUAAAUCACUGAAACAUCACAUGAUCUACCAUCAAAGUCAGCUACCGUUUGCGUGUGAUGAAUGUGGAGUUCAGUUCGCUCGGAACCGACCGCUGCAGAUACACAAACAACGUUACCAUUCGGAAGACGCUCCCUACACCGGAAAACGGUUCAGUUGCGAUUUCUGUCCGCGAAUAUUCCUGCGUGAGCGGGAUAAACUUUUCCAUCAUAAAACUGUUCACAGUAUGGACCGAAACUACGGCAAUCGAGACGAAAGCACACCGGAACUGAAGAAAGCUAAGAUCACGAAACGUAGAGACUACGUUUGUGUGAUAUGUUGCGAGCGUUACGAAACGGAAAAGGCCUGUCAACGUCACAUCACCGAAUUUCAUCCAUCCGAGGUACCUCCGAAAACCCCUUCUCCAUCUCCUGCACCGCCGACUACUCCGGUCAACAAACUGGCAUCACGCAAAGAAUCAGAUGAGUACUCCACCAUUCCACUGCUGUCGACAUCGCAAUCUUCGACAUUUAAUCCGAGCCUUCGGCCAUACAAAUUGUGUCGCUGCUCGACCUGCGUAGGCAUCUUCAAAACGCGUCCACACUGGAACGAACACAUUCAGAUGCAUCCCAACGUACGUCCGCAUCACUGUGAGCAGUGUCUGUUCAGACGCAAAAGCCGCUCGAAUCGGAAAGUGACGUCCGUUGGAUUCAAGUGUCAACACUGUCCAAAGGUGUUCACCAAGGCAAGUGUGCUGCGGGCGCACCAGCGAUUGCACACCUCCGAGUUGCGCUUUCCCUGUGAUGACUGUGGCAUGAUGUACGAUCGCUAUCGGUUACUGCAGGCCCACAAGGAGAAGUAUCACUCGGAGGAUGCGAUGCAAUACCCGGUUCAGGCGACCUUCCGGUGUCUACACUGCCCGAGAACGUUUAUGCGGCAGCGUGAUCUCAACUUUCAUCAGGAAUCGGUCCAUGCGACCUAGAGAACCACCAAGAAUCAUCAUCACACGUGACGAAACCAGACGAGAGAGAUUUUUUUCCCCAAUGGCCGUAGUAGAAAGACAUAGGAACUACGGCGCUAAAGUGUUUUAAGUAUUAUUGACUACAUGAUGCAACACCCAGAAGAAUACAUUAUCAUUAUUUUUUUUAUACAACUUGAGUUUAUAUGACCUUAUUUUAAAUAUUGUGAUGAGGAAAGUUUUCGCAGAACCAGGCAAAACAUUUAUAUUUUAAAAAUUAUUACUUAUAUACUCUUCCUAUCCUGCUAAAUACUUAAUAAAAUUGAGUAAGAUCUGAUGUCCUGUGCGGAAAUCUUAA